AUGGUGACCGCCGAAGAAAUGAAAGCUAAAAUCGAAUCGUGGGGCAUCCCUCCCUCCGACUUCAUCGAAGACGUCGGAAAGUACCUGUCUGAAAAGUUCAAGGGAGAUGGCCCAGAGGUCGGCACUGACUCCGCCGAAGCUGCUCUUAGAAAGCUUGAUGAGCUCCUCCAGAAAUACAAAAUGUUCGAAGCUGGACUCGCUGAAAAGAAAAGAAGAUUGGAAGGCCAGAUCCCCGAAAUCUCGCAGACACUGGACGCAAUCAACCACCUCAAAAAGAACUCUGGAAACACGAUCGACACCUCAUUCCAGCUUUCCGAUGCUGUUUUUGCGAAAGCAAAGGUCGAUUGUGGCGACAAGGUAAUGCUCUGGCUCGGUGCCAAUGUUAUGCUUGAAUAUGACAUUGAUGAGGCGCAAACUCUUCUUGGAAAGAACAAGACGAACGCUAUUAGCAGUUUGGAGGAAGUUAAAAUGCAGAUUGCCUAUCUUCGUGAUCAAAUGACCACUACCGAAGUUUCGAUGGCUCGAGUCUACAACUGGGACGUGAACAGACGCAAGGCUGAAAACAAGCCCUGA